UUUUUUGUAUAAAUACAAAAUUGUGAUUACAGAAAUGUAUUAUUUAUCAACUGACCAUAACAGAGUUAAGAAGUCAUAAACAAUGAAACAAUUUAUACUGAUCUUGAGCUGUUUGGCUUUGACAGCUAAUGCCUUGAGCUAUGUGCCUUUCCCGACUCGUCCCAAGAGAGAUGUCUCCGAGUUAGUAGGGGAACCUGAGAAAUCCUAUUUGCCUCCCCAAAACUCGGAAAUACAAACCGACACAGUUGCCGAAGAACCCCAGCAAAAGUUGUUGAUUAAUGAAGCGCAAGUUGAGAUAACGGAAACUACUCCCGAAGCUGACUCUGCCGUUUUGGGUGCCAAUGGCUAUGAAUACAAAACUGUGCGCAAAUUGGUUGUUAGACAUCGCCGUGAUGUUUCCCAUUUGAAAUUGAAUUAUUUGCCCCCCUUUAAGUCCCAUCAGCCCUCCAAUGAGUAUCUGCCACCCGUAAGCAAUGAGCUGACUGAGGAAAAUAAACCUUCCCAGGAAUAUUUGCCGCCAGUCACAGAAAAACAGGUUGAAGAGAUUGUGGAAAGUAGAACCGAGAUUCCUCAACCAUCAAAUGAAUAUUUGCCACCUCAGAAGAUUAAAGAAGCUCCACCAACCCAAGCGCCGGAACCCAUCAAGGAAUAUUUGCCCCCCGUCCAGGCCAAAGAAGUCGAAGAGACAACUGAAGUGCCAGUAACUACCCUAGCACCCGAAGAGGAAACCAGUGCUGAGUUGGUGGAAGCUGCCCAGCCUCAAGAGGACACUGCCAUCUUUGCCGCAGAUGGUUAUCAUUACAAAAAGCCCAGUCAAGUUCCUGCUGAGCUCUUCGCCUUUCAGCCCGAGCCAAUUCCAGAAGUUAUUCCCCCCAGUCCCGAGUACUUGGCUCCAGCCUCAGAGGGCAGCUUUGAAGUCGAGGGUCCCAGCAAUGGAGAUUCUGCUGUUCUAGCCGAAGAUGGUUAUCAUUAUCGUGUCGUUAGGAGACGUUUCUGA